AUGGUGGUUGUUGCGCGAACAGGUGGUGGUCAGCCACAACAAUCGAGAAAAGCUAAGACGAAAACAGAGAGGGAAAAGGACGACGAAGGAGAACUCGAAGGAGGCUUACCGGCGGCGACUGCCACCACCUCACCACCAUCGGACGCCGCCUCCGUCGCUGGUAACCUCCUUCUUCUUCGUCGUCCUUCUCCUUCCUCUCCUUCUCUGUUUCUUCUUCAUCCCCGUUUUUCUCCCCUCCUCAAGCUUCUGUUUUUCCUUGCACAGCCGCCGCGGCCCAGCUGCGACCACCAAGCCAACCGCACCGCACCACCUGCACCUUCGCCGUGGCCCUGCCCAUUCGGCUUGCUCGUCCCUCCUUCCUCCUCCACGCAAGCACAGCAUUCUCUUGUUUCGGUUUGUUUGCGGCAGCCACCACCACCGCACGCACCACCAGGCCUGACAACCUCCGCAAGCCGCCGCCUUGCCGCCGCCGUGAUCUGUCCGCCGACCAACCCUUCCCUCUUCUCUUUUUGGCGGAGAAUUCUCUCUAGGCGACUUUUGAAAGUGUUAAAGUGGCCUAUCAGUUUGUUUACACAAGUCUCUAAGGAUCAAUAAGCAUUGUCCAUCUGCAGGUUUGAAGAUGUUGCAUCAUUGGGAUCGGGAAUAGAGAGCUUGUAUUUAGUUU